AUGAGACAAUUAUAUCUCUUGUUAGUGCUUCUUCUAGUGGGUGUUGCCUCCACCAAUUCUGCUUCUAACAAAGUUGUAGAAGUAGAUGUCAUUUGCAAAGAAGCUUCAAAUCCUUUAUUUUGUUCAAAUAUUCUCAAUUCAAACCCUGGAGGAGCAAAAGGUGUAGAUCUUGUUGACCUUGCAAUAUACACAAUUGAUGUAUUUGAUUACAAUUCGAGCAACACGAAUAGUCUAAUACAUAAAUUGAUUGAUCAAAGUGGUGGUAAUGUUACAGAAAUUAACUAUUAUCACCCUUGUGCUGUAGAUUUUGAUAGCACUCAUGGUAUCACUGCAAUGCUUAUAUUUGCAUCUACACAUUUGAAUCAUGGACAUUAUUCAGCCAUGGCCAAAGAUACAACUAAUAUUAUGAAAAAGAUUCUUGAAUGUAGUCAUAGCCUACAUAAAAAUAAAACUAGUCCUUUACUUGCAAAAAGUGUUGAUGUUCUUCGACUAGUUGGUCAAGUGCUUCAAAUUAUAUCAAAAUAUUUAAAUCAUGGAUAA